AUGCAGCAAACAAGCCAUCUUCAUCGUUCUCUGUCUUGUUCGAAUUUUCUUUUUGCAAUGAUGACUCAACAACCUCUCAUGAAUACCAUCCUAAAAAUCAUUGUGUGUGUUCUGAUAAUGCUCAUUGAACACUCCAUUGGUGCAGGACCCACUUCGGAAGGAAUUUUACAAGUUCAUGUGUUAUCUCGUCAUUGUGAUCGACUUCCAAUAGCACCACUGAGAAUACCGAAUGAUCCCAUUGACUGGGCAAAGGUCUCUAAUUUGCAAUUGGGAGACUUAACAGGUCUUGGUCAGAUGCAAUGCUCCAAUUUGGGACAAAUUCUUCGUGAACGAUACUUGGAAGAAGGCUCACCAUUCAAAAUUAUGGGCAUUGAUACGAAAUACAAUUCCGAGCACUAUUAUUUUAGAUCUACUGAAUUAUAUCGUACCUUGAUGAGCAUGUUCUCAAUUUCAAUGGGCCUCUUUCCUCAAGGUCUAGGAGAACAAGCAACUAUUAAUUUUGAAAAUUCAAAGGAUCACGGUCGGAUGCAAUUUGCUUUACCGAAUGGAACACAAGCUGUCCCUAUUAGAACCGUACAGGAAGAUAUGGAUGCUCUAUUGAUUGGUUUUAGUUUUUGUAAUACAGUGAUCAGAAGAAUGCAACAAGUGCAUAGCUCAAAACAAGCCAGUGCAUUCUUUGCCAAGAACAGAGAGCUCAUUGAUAAGAUUUAUAAUGUCACUGGAUGGACGACAGGAGACGAUACGAUUGGAACAUUAUUUGAUCUAAUGACCGUUCAACGAGCUCAUAAUAUGUUAAAAUUGACUUGGAUUAAUGAAAAUUGGGAACAAAUCGAUCAAAUCAGAAAUGACUUUCUAUUAAUGCUCUAUAAUUAUGUUGUGAUAGGUAAAGAAGGGUCGAGUGUACUCAUUUCCACAAUUUUAAACCAAAUGAAAGAAAUGAAAAAGAAGUACAUUCACUAUUCAGCACACGAUACAACAUUACAGAGCAUUACAGCGUCACUGAAAUUGAACGACAAGGACUACCCUUAUCUAGGCUAUCAACCAAAAUAUGGAGCUCACUUGGCCUUUGAGCUGCAUCAAAUGAAUGAUGGAACACGAGCGGUGCGUCUUAUUCAUGGCUCUCAAUUCAACGAUUCCAAUUUCACCUCUCUCAUUCUCAAGUCAUUGGGAUGCGACAGUGAAUUCUGUCCCUUUGAAACUUUCAACAGGUUGGCAAGAGAACAAUCGACCGUUUUUGAUUGGUGUUCGGCUUGUGAUAAUUAUGGCAGAGAUGUUUGUGCUGCUGAAUUCUUGAAAUCUAAUGAAUCCUCAACACUUGCUUUUUUAAUUUCGACUCCAGUUCUCGCGCUUACCAAUGCUAUUACACUUAUACUUGUCAUUGUGUGCUGUGCAAGAGCUCAGUACAACAAGUCAAGAUAUACCCAAAUCAACUAA